AUGGUCAAACCAUUGUCCUUCAAAGGUGAUAAGAAAACGAAGAAAAGAAAGCGCGUUGAUACUGCUGAGAAGUUUGGAGAUUCAGAAGCGUCAACCUCCCAAGCAAUUGCAAAACCCCAGGAAGAAGACGCCGCGCCAGAUGAUGAUACUUGGGUGACGGCAGAAGCUGCAGCUGAUGUAGUUGGGCCGGUGGUGUUUGUUUUACCUUCAGAUCCACCAUCAUGUAUAGCCUGCGAUACAAAUGGAAAGGUAUUUGCAAGUGCGCUGGAGAAUAUGAUCGAGAACAAUCCCACCACUGCCGAACCUCACGAUGUAAGACAAGUAUGGGUUGCCAACAAAGUAGCAGGUACGGAGACUUAUAGUUUCAAAGGCCAUCACGGAAAGUAUUUGAGUUGCGAUAAAUUCGGAAUUCUAUCAGCCAAUACCGAAGCUGUAUCGCCCUUGGAAUCCUUUUUAUCGAUCCCAACAGCCGAUACUGCAGGUGCAUUUCAGAUACAAACACUGCGAGAUACGUUCUUGACGAUAAAGCCACUUGCAUCCGCAAAGGAGAAUGCUUUGCCAGAGAUCCGAGGAGAUGCUGAUUCAAUCAAUUUCAAUACUACUUUACGAAUUAGAAUGCAAGCAAGAUUCAAACCAAAAUUGAAGGCUUCCAAGGAAGAAAGAGCCAGUCAGAAAAUAAGCAGGAAGGAAUUAGAAGAUGCCGUUGGCCGAAGACUGGAUGAUGAUGAGGUACGGAAACUCAAGAGAGCAAGGAAAGAAGGCGAUUACCAUGAGGCAUUACUUUUGAUCAAGGUAAAGAACAAGCAUGAUAAGUACAGCUGA